CUUCAGCAUGGGGGGUUGUGAAGUCAUGAAAGUCCUUGCACUUCUAUUAACUCACUUAUUAGCAUCUUUGGCAGAAAAGCAAGAUCUCUCUGGAAAAAUGUUCACCUUUCCUGAGGAGUCUGAUACAGCUCAUGUGAUCUUGGUUCCCAACCAGAGCAAGAGUUUGACUGCAGUGACCGUGUGUCUACGUUUCUUCUCAGACCUGACAAGAGCUCAGAGUCUCUUCUCUUUUGCCACCCCUGCCAGUUCAAAUGGCUUCCUGCUCUACAAACAGGCAAAUGGUGUAUACGAGAUUGACAAGAAUGACAAAUUUGUACUAUUCAGGUCAUUAGGGGACUAUCCAAAUCAAUGGAAUUCUGUCUGUGCUACUUGGAACUCUCAAACGGGUAUUGCCCAAGUUUGGGUCAAUAGGAAACAAAGCACAAGAAAGGGCAUCAGUCAAGUCGGUGAUAUCUCUGGAACACCCAGUAUUAUCUUGGGUCAGGAGCAGGACAGUUAUGGGGGGAAAUUUGACAAAGCUCAAUCUUUUGUGGGAAUGCAGACCGAUAUAUACAUGUGGGAUUCAGUUCUUUCUGACCCUGAGAUUGCUUUAUACAUGAACCGUACUAUUCCACAGAAAACUGAUGGCAAUGUGAUCAACUGGAAGUCCCUCGACUUCACUAUUAAGGGGUAUGUGAUUGUAGAGAACCAGAUUAACGCCUGAAGGUUUCAAACCCCAGCAAGCUGUGGGCAAUAGUUUUAAGAUAGUCAAUUAAGUUACCCUGGGCUUGCUGAUACCAUUUGUGUAUAAAAUGUAUUUGCUCAUAUUUACUCAUAGGGUUAUGUGGUUCAGCAUCGAAUGUAGUAAAAUUGUAUCAAAAGUACCACAAUAAAAAUUUAAAUCAACAAA